AUGGCUGUCCGCGAUAUUUUACUGUAUUACUUGCUCAAUGUAAGCUCGGGAUUUUACCUCUCAGCUGCACACAAUGCCUUCUAUUUCGUACUGGACUGGCGUACUGUAGUGCUGCAUUUUUUGCAUUAUUUCUUCACGUUUUGUUUUCUGUUGCUUUGCUCACUGAUCGGCAUGCAUCACUGGUACAAACCGAUACCUAUCACACCACUACUACGACCCGUUAUCACACAGACCAUUAUCGUACUACUCUCAAAUCGUAUCCACUCACAGCUGCGCUCCGGCAGCCUCUAUUUGCUACGAUUAUUCGAUUUCUUGACAACGCUGACCGUAGCACAAUUCUCGAAAUCGCUACUCAGAUCCGACAGCAGGCCUCCGAUCAGUUUAUUGGUAGGUCCAUCAGAUUUUUCAAAAAUUUUGAGAAAAAUUUUAUUACACGCAUUCCUCCUACCGCCAACGUGGAACUUACGUUAUCAGGAACAGAUGAGGUGA